UUUCAUCCUAAAGCCCAGUGCAGCCAUUCUGCAGCCAUUCUGACUCCAACAGUCCAGAAUCUCCGUGCAGACAACGAUGGCACUGGUGAGUAGAGUUGUCUACCCAUCUGCACGCCUCGUGGAUUCUCCCACGCCCGUGGCGGCCGAGCUCCCCGCAGAGCCCUUGCGGUUCUUCCCAGGAGAUGGUAUCCGAAAGGCCCAGACCAGUACCAGCUCCAGGAGGAUGACGGCCAGAUCACCCACAACUCAACGAAAGCUGGCAGUGACCAUCUGUGGCCCGGGUGCCGGCAUCCAAGCGAACCAACAGGCGUGGGCCUCGCUGGAUCAGAAUCCACGAGUCUAUCUCCAAGUCUUUGGCCAGUCGAGGGGCCACUAUGACCACUACCCCUUGGGAUGGCCUGGUGGAGUGCCUUCGCCCAACAACUUGGAAUUUAUUGCAGAGGAGCUGGCAAAACAAGGUGUGGUUCAAAACAGUGACUGUUUGGUGUUUGGUUCGCGUGGCGGACAAGUUGUUCUGCCGUUCUUGUGGAGCAAGUUUGGCAAUGAAAUGCCGCCCAGCAUCGUCAUCAACGGCGGUUGCGCCUUAGAGAUGCCCAGGCAGCCUGCUUGGCCCAAGAAUGCAGUCACCCUACUCGUGAUGGGCGGCAACGACUACUUCCGCAAGCCGGAGAUAUCUGUCGACCAGUAUAUGGCCGAAGCUCGCGAACGAGUACCCAAGCACAAUCGCUUCACCGCACAGCUUGUUGUGCCUGAAAUGGGGCAUGUGGCAGACCAGCCAGUUUUGAGCUCCCUUCUGACGGAGGAGGUCUUUCUGGCGCUCAAACAGUGGCCCUCCAAUCCGCAACCGUUUUAUCACACCUUCCAGAACAUCCUGCUGAAGUUGCGGCAGCAUCGCAUCAAUGCGAGCUUCUUCUAUACCUUUGCUCCGGGCCAUUGGAUGCGCAUGCCGGAACGGAUAGAGCAGCCAGAGCACCUGACAAGGUCACGUUCGCCAACGAAGAUGCUUUAUAGCUCGAUUCCUCGCCGCCAGAGCCCGCAGAGCCCGCAGCCACAGCUCUAUCGAGAGUUGUCGGAGAGGCCGCGAAUUCCUUCGUAUAGCUCGCCGCUGAACGCGCAGCUGAACGCGCAGAUGGCGCGAGCAAGGGAGAUUUCUCCAGUGCGAAGCUACAUGCCAACGAAGCGUCGAAAUUCCUUGCAGCAUCCUCAAUCUGCUCGCUCCUUUGUUCCGAUCAAUGUCUUUGGCGCGAGCAUGCGCUUGCCAGCGCAUCAGACCGUUGUGGUGACGUAGGCAUUGGCCUUCAGACCCAUCGGAUGCACCCAGUGAGAUUCAUCCUGGCGAUACAAAGCGUUUCAAUACCAUCCGCCUGUCGUG